CCUCAUGCCUGUCCCACACCUCUCCAUUUUAUAAACUCCCAUCAUUCUUCCCAAACCCCUUUAACUCUUCAUAACUUCAUCACAUUCCAAUUACUAGACAAAAAGAAAGAAUCAUGUGCUCCUCCAAUUCUAAUCUUCACAAACCCAAUAACACAGUUGCUCAUAUCAAUGGCCGUCCAGUUCUUCAACCAACUUCCAACCCAGUUUCCAAGGGCGUAAUUCACCGCACAACAUCUCUCCAAAGUCUCGUGCAAUUAAGCCCAUCUUCUCCACCCAUAUCUCCAAAGUUAAUUAAAUCUCCAACUCCCAAGUUAAAUAAAUCAAAAGAUCAUCAUGAUCAGCUCAACUCUAGCUCUGAGUACAGCACCAUUAUCAUCUCUAAAUCUGCUGGGAAUGCGAUUCUUAGCAAGUCUAGGAGUUUUGGGGCUGUUGAGUCUCUUCCUAUGGUUGCGAGCCCAGGAACCAUAGCUGCUGCAAGGAGGGAACAGGUUGCAAUGAUGCAAGAACAAAGAAAGAUGAAGAUUGCUCAUUAUGGAAGAACGAAGUCUGCCAAGAAUUUCAAACCAGUUGAUUCAUCCGCCAUUGUUACUGGUGCUGAUCAAAACAAGAAAAGAUGUAGCUUUAUCACUCCUAAUUCAGACCCUAUAUAUGUUGCUUACCAUGAUGGAGAAUGGGGGGUACCGGUCCAUGAUGACAACCAGUUGUUUGAAUUGCUGGUUUUGACUGGUGCUCAAGUGGGAUCAGACUGGACUAGUGUUUUGAAGAAACGGCAAGUUUUCAGAGAAGCCUUUUCUGAGUUUGAUCCAUCAAUGGUAGCCAAAUUCAGCGAACACAAGACAGUAUCAAUUGCUGCUAAUUAUGGGUUAGAUAUAAGCCAAGUUCGAGCAGUUGUUGAUAACGCAAUCCGAAUUCUUGAGGUUAAGAAGGCUACGGGUUCAUUUAACAAGUAUUUGUGGGGAUUUGUUAAUCACAAACCGAUGGUGUCUCAGUACAAAUCAAGCCAGAAAAUCCCAGUGAAGAGCUCGAAAUCAGAAAGCAUAAGCAAAGAUAUGGUGCGAAGGGGAUUCAGAUUCGUGGGUCCGACUGUUGUAUAUUCAUUUAUGCAAGCCGCCGGUCUGAUCAAUGACCAUUUGGUGACUUGUCCAAGACAUCUGCAGUGCAUAGCUUUGGCGUCUCAUCCGCCCGCAGCAGCGCCGGCUCUAUAGAAUCCACAGAUUAACAACUUACGAACAAUAAUACCAUAUAUAUAUAUAUAUAUAUAAUUAACAUAUGUAAUGCCCAAGAAGCAUAUACAUAUAUAUAUAUAUAUAUAUGUUUGUAUGUAUACUUUGAAGUGUCUGACUAAUUUAAUUUACAGUUGUGAAAUAGUGGUGUGAUAAGGCGAUUAUAAUGGAGAGACAGAGAGCAUGUGCUGGGGUUAAUCAUCAUCCGUCGUCUCCAUUAUCUGAUUCCUUUAAACUAAACUAAACUCCCUGAGCCUCAUCAACCAUAGUUACUGCAGGGUUUUCUUUUUUCUUUU